UUUUGGUCUGGAGAUGUGACGUCAUAAAGCUGCGCCACUCUCCUGCAUCUGGGGUGAUUCGGAUAAAGAAAGGACGAAGUGUCCAGACACACAGAAAAACCCCUGGUAAAGCAGAUCCACGUGACACACUAUUGUAAAGAUGGCGUUUAUUAAAGAGGAGAAUGAAGACGUGAGGAUUGAAGAAACAUUCAGAGUCAAACACGAAGAUACUGAGGAACAAACAGACCUGAUGGCGCUAAAAGAAGAGAGGCAUGAACUGACAAAGAUAGAAGAGAAAGAUCAAUAUGAGAGAACUGAUUUCAUGAAUGUGGAAACAUCCGUACAGACCCAAACAACUUCAUCACAAAUAAAAGUUCAGAAGACCGAAUCUAACAGUGACUUCACCUGCCAUCAAUGUGGAAAGAGUUUCAAUCAAAAAUAUAACCUUAAAAACCACAUAAAAAAAGUUCAUGCUGGAGAGAAGCCUUAUACCUGCAAUCUGUGUGGAAAGAGCUUCACAUAUAAAGCAACCCUUGAUUCACACAUGAAAACUCACACUGGAGAGAGUCCUUACAUCUGUGAACCGUGUGGGAAGAGCUUCUCACAUAAAUCAACCCUUAACGCCCAUAUUAGAAAUCACACAGGAGAGAGACCCUUCACCUGCAACAUGUGUGAGAAGAGCUUCUCAAAGUAAUCUUAACGAUCACAUGAAAACUCACACAGGAGAGAAGCCUUUCAUGUGUGCUCAGUGUGGAAAAUGUUUUACACGUGAAAUAACCCUUACUUACCACACGAGGCUUCACUCAAAGGAGUUUAAUUGUCAUCAGUGUGGACAGAGAUUCCCAGACAAGAGACGCCUUACCUGGCAUGAAAAAAAGUCAUUCCCGAGAGACAUGUUUCACGUGCCAUGACUGUGGACAGAGUUUCAGAUUUACAUAUAAAAAAGACCUGAAAAGUCAUUUGCAAACACAUUCUGGAAAGAAACCGCAGUGCUCUGCCAAUGAAAAGAAGUUUAUAAAUGUGUGAAAAUUAAUUAAGCUUUAAUUGCAUAUCUGUGUGAAAUUAAAGCUACGUUCACACCACAGCUGAAUGUGGCACCUUCAUGACCAAUUUGAAUUUUUCACAUUUUUAUAAAUUUGACUUUCUUUUUUUUCUUGUUUAAUAAAUAUGAACUGCUGUGGCAACAUCUCACCAUCUGUUAUAGUUUAGUUUUACUUCAAAUUUUGGUUUGUCCCUAGACACACCUUUGUAAAUAUAAAACUCAUCUUUGAAACUUUGCAAAUUUUUACAUUCACCAAUGUCAAAAUUAAAUGUCAUUUUUAUAUGUGUUAUUAUUAUUAGAUCAGAUGAUGUUAAUUGUAAAGUGCAUUAGUUAUGAAACUCAGUUGUAAAGGCAGAAAAUAGUGUGAUUAUCCAGCUCAAUUCAGUUCAAGCUUUUGUUGUUAUCUGACAGUGUCAAUGCAGCCUAAUUGAUCAAUUCAGAAUAUUGUUUUUUAAACCUUAACUGACCCACCCGAAGGAAACAAUGGCAGGAAACACAAACUCAGGUGACAGUAGUGGAGAAGAAAACAGACUCAUUUGAUUUAAGAUUCAAGGCUGCAUCCUAAGUCAGACUUUGUGGACCGAUAACUAAAAUUUGUCAAGUUUUCCUUGUAUAACCUUGUAUAUAUUUCCUUGUUUAUGCUUUGUAUAACCAGGGGUUAAUUUAGGAUUGAACCCAACAGAGCUGAGCUCCUCGCUUAAUAUGCAAACAGGUUUAUCCAACCUGGAGCUCAGCUACUGUCCUUCAGUAUCACUGUGGAUAACUCUCUACUUUUUUAAUCUAAUUAAAGCUGUGGUCAUUAAACAUCAGUAGGGUUGAUAUGUGUGUCUAAAUAUGAAGAAUAGUGUAUUUUACUCACUUUGCCCAGUUGCCGUAACUAAAUUAUUUUAAUUUCCUGCUAUGAUAUUUGUGAUCUUACAUGGCAAAAAAUGUCAGUUUCUGAUCAAUAUUUUCAGGCAUUUUGACUGGUAUGUAUUCUCAAACAGCACUGUUUCAAGCACUAAAGUGAAAAAGUGUUCUUGGCACUCAGAAUUUGCUCCUUUACCCACUGAGUACAAUCAAAUAAAGACCCAUUAUAAACCCAAAUAUUUGUUAAUGAACAAUCAAAUCACUAUUGUGAUGUUUCAGGUUCUGUGCUUUGCCACAUUAGCGAUCACUUUAGAAGCAUCUGACAGAACAUUACUAGAAAAUUCAACAGCAACAUCUCCAGAAUUAAAAUGUUAUUUUCUCUUGACAGUAAAUAUAAACUUUAUUCCAAAUCAAUAUU